AUGGGUGGCGGUGGCAUUGGCGGCAUGGGAGGCAUCGGUGGCUCCGGAGGUACGAUAGGCGGCAUGGGUGCCAUGGGUGGCUUUGGAGAUACCAUGGAGAGCAUGGGAGCCAUGGGUGGCUUUGGAGCACCUCCGCGCGGCAUGGGAGGAAUCAACCCGCAGUCCAAAUCGAACCGGUAUGGAGGGGAAGAAAAUAGCCAUGAUUUGCCUCGACCAAGCGGCACUCCGCCCCGCUCACCACCUGCCGCGCCUCACGAGCCGUCAGUUGCCUCUUGCCUCACCGUCCAGCCCCGCCCCGCCCCGCCCACCUCUUGCCAUGCCCCGCGCGCCGCCGACCGCCUCCUGCCCGCCCUGUUCAGCGGCCUUGCGGUGGCCCGGUCGGCAAGUACCUGCCGGAUCUCACCGGAUUCGGUUGAAAAUGGUGCUCAGGGGAUGGAUCUGGAAGGAAGGAGGCCGAAGCUUGGAGCACGACGAGAGGAAGGCGACCUGCUUCCUCUGCAUCAAGGCUCUCUCCUCCCGAGCGAGCAUGGCCGGUGGUGCUUCCUCUGCAUCGAGGCUCUCUCCUCCCGCGCGAGCAUGGCCGGUGAUGGCCAGAUGGAGAUGUAUUUCCAAAUUUGUGGCCUCGCAGAUGAUGUGUCCCGUCUUCUGAUUGAGAUGAACAAGGCAUGGAAGAUCAGGCCGGCCGUGGACCACACACUGCUCCCCAAGGGCAAGGCUCAAGCCAAUCAUCGGUACUACAUUCAAGGCCCAAGUCUGCAGUGGGUACACCAGCAUACAAUGCACCAGACGUUCUUUGUCGCCGGGAAUAUGAUGGGAAGGAAGUUAAAUCUGACAGCCCACAGUUUUGUGUCUUGAUUAUGGAAGUUGAAUUCGAUUCAACAUUAAUAUCAAUGUGAGGAAGGGACUUGGAUCAUGGACGAUGGCUGUUUUGGGAAUAGGAAGGCCGUGGCGGAGGAAAAGAAGGUCUUGCCGGAGGGGUUUCGGCUGGAGAGGCAUGUGACGGAGGAGUUGAAUAUUGCAUAUGCAUACCAUGAAUUUACCAGCCUGGAGAAUGGAGAGAUCUUCAAAUGGUUCGAUUCCCAUAUGGAUCACAAGAUUUGAAGGCGCAUCAUUUCUAGAUGGCCAGCUUGAUGUCGGAUUCAUGGAGUGUUGCCGGUUUUGAGAGGAUGCACCAUUAUGAUUCAUCGGAGGUGGAAAGAAAGCAGUAUAUUCUUAUCCUCAAAGCUUGUAGUUUAACAUACUCACUUAUGGAAUACGGUUUCUCAUAGUGUCAUAAUUUCCUUUGCUAUUGUGUUCA